AAGCCGAUGGAGUGGGAGCGAGGAAUAAAUUUGGAGGAAACGCAGGGAGGAAACGCAGUCUCCGGGUGCGAAUACUGAUCGUGCCGAGCCGCUGGCAUAUGAGAUUAGAACUGGAGCAGUUACAGACAUUGCCCAGAGGAACCAGCGCGAGUCACCAUUUCUCCGUCUUCCCCGGUGAGCUGAAGAACCGAGUCUAUGAAAUAGUGCUUGGUGGGAAGCUCUGGGACAUAAAGUCGUUGUCGGUCAGAGGCACAUUCAAGCCCGCCAUCCUGAACAGCGACCGAAGCGCGCUUAGCUUGCUGCGAGUCUGCCGUCAAGUACAUGCUGAAACCGCGUUGCUACUCUUUCGGAUGAGCACCUUUGCCGUCGAGCUGCGUUACGGUGACGACUUAAGCUCAUGGCUAUUCAGGGCAUGCCUUGGACACGCUACUGGUGCUAUCACCUCGAUACGACUAGCUUUCCACACUUUCCGCACAUUCAAACUCUUUUGCCUCGCAACGCGGUUUCAAGGAGGAUUCUUGCCGUUCCAAAUCCUUCCGGCUCUCCAGCGCCUUCAUGUGUGCGUGAAGCACCACGGCCGCGCUUGGAGCUUGUAGACAGGUUCACAGAAGCGUUCGAGCGGAUGAGGUGUCCGAAGGCUGGAGUAGUGCUCACCAUGAAACUUCUCCAACGAGAUAAAGUCAUACGCUUGUGGAAGAACUAGGGUGAGGAGGGUAGCCCUUGCUGGUAUGAUCUUGCACUCAUGCACUCGCAGGGUCAUCACGGAGUUAACGGCGGUUCCGUUUUUACAAGUCCAGCCCCUUCCAACCGAAUUCCCGAGAGAACGGGC